AAAGUGUCAUUGACCUUCAUUUUUCCUCUAAAAACAAUGUUUACAUUCAAUUUCACAUAAAUUAAAACGAAAAUAAAUACAAACACUAACUUAUUCUGCAUUAAUUAACAUCGAAACAUCUAUAAAAAGUUAUUUUUAAGUCUCACCAAAUUUUUAAAUGGCGUCGUAGCAAGUUCUUCGAAGUUUCGCUGAAGUUAUCUUUGGACUUUAGUUUAUCUCUUAUUUCAGUGCAUUAUCUACCCCCGAAACGAUUUAGAUCCGUUUGCUUGACCGGUUAGUUACUGGUUAUCUAGGCAAGUGGGAAAGUAUGGCUUUGGUAAAUUAUUUAAACCCGUUUAGGGUUUUUAGAGACUUUGUGCGUACUCCGGUAGAAGUGUUCGUUUUGCGACAGUAUUUGGGGUAUAAAAAGAAGACAGAUGAGGGGAUCAGUAGCGCGAAGGAACUGCUCUAUAGAGCGGGGGUGAUCUCAGUUUUUCUGUCGGCAAUAGUGUGGAUAUCUGUGUUUAUGUAUGUUGUGUUUUAUUACACAUACAUGCCCAACGUUACACAUGUCAGACCUGUACAUUUGCAAUUCAAAUCAUGCGAUGAACAGAUGGGGAUAUGUUCGUUCCCAUCGGCCCACGUCCAGCUUACGAAGCGAAGUCACAUGCUGAUGGCUGCGCAGCCUUACCGCAUCAAACUUAUACUGGAGAUGCCAGAAACACAAAUUAAUAAGGAUUUAGGUAUGUUCAUGGUGUGCACACAAAUGAGAGCAAAGGGCGGAGUCCUCGUAUCGUCUUCGUGCAGAUCGGCAAUGCUCAGGCAUAGGUCCAUCCUGCACCAAAUAAUGCGCACCGUGACGAUGGCGCCACUACUGCUAUCUGGCGUCAACGAGGAGAAACAGCAGUUGCAGGUGGAACUGUUCAGCGAAUUCGAGGACGAUCAGAACCUGCCAGUGACAGACGCGUACGUCGAGUUACAGUCGCGCCACGCGCAGGUGUAUGCCAGUGAGUUGCACAUACAAGCGCACUUCACUGGGCUCCGUUAUCUCAUGUUCCACUGGCCCAAGCUGUCUGCGGUUGUUGGAAUAAGUUCAAAUCUUUUCGUGGUGUCCAUGAUCUUCAUCUUGAGCUGGUAUCAUCUGCAGGAUGGACUGCCAGACUUCGUCAAGGGCAAACUCGGUCAUACAAUAAAGACAGAAGAUGGCGGAGACGAUAAGAAAAAAUUUGGAUUCGAGGGAAAAGUCAAACUUGAGAGAGAAGAUUCUUCUCAGUUCUUCGACGACGAGAGCUUGUUGGAAGAGCUGCAGAAAAUCGAAGAACCGAAGAAGGACGCGUAAAUUCUUCUUAGUCUACGGAACGUUGAACCUUACUCACUCGCAAUAAAGUUCAUCAUAUUAUGUUACGUUUCUGUGCAACUGCUAUACAUUUUUAGAAUACUACCACUAUACCUAAAGGUGUUAAUGGCAGAGCAGAACAGUCAAGCAGCAUCAAGCAAGUCUAGGCCCAAAUGCCGUCAAUAUAAGAUUCAUUAUUUAGUGACCCAAGGCGAAUAACUUGGGUGGAUAGUCUGUUUUAUUUACUAGUACUUAAAAAACUGACUUUAUUC